AUGCUCCACAAGACGGUUGAUGAUCCGAAUAAUACAUCCUUUUCAUCAUCAACGAGAGAAAAUGCUUCCUCAUCAUCGUAUCCGAAUAGACAAGCAGAGAUUGAAUCACUCAAAUCACCAUUUAGUACAAAACCCGUAACAUUGGAAGAGGUGGAGAAAGAGGUUUUAGCACAGGGUGUAUUUGAUAAUUGGUGCGACCGUUUGUUUGCAGAGUUUGAUAAAUCGGGAUUGAAACAAGACCUCUUAAAAGAUGUUUCCUCUCUUCUCGAACAAAUUCUCAAUACUAAUCAAAGUUCCAGAGAAAUACCCUCUGUUCAAGAAUUACUUUCUCAAAUUGAUCGAAACGAAGAUAUUCAACGAAAAUUAAAAUGUUGGAUACACAGAAAUUUAUAUCCACAUCUCAGAAAUGCACCAAACAACAGACGUGAUAUUAUUCCAGAAAUUGCAACAGAAAUUGAGAACACUAUUGAUGACACAAUUCGAGAACUACAAGAUAGUGCCUUUACACAAACUGAGAAAAAGAUAAAGAGCUUAGAAAGGACAGAAAGAUUGGAGCAAAAAGCUUCGACUUAUAAACACCUUACAGAGGAAUUAACAAAAGUAGAUGAAAAAGUUUUGGAUGAAGAACAACUAAGUGGACUAGUUCAUGCUAAGCUGAAGAGAAAAGAAAAGUCAUCUAAGGAUGUGUGGGACGAUGAAGAGGUAGAACUUUCUGUAGAGCACACCAAAUUCAUUACACAUGAUUCUAAUGUGAACGAGGAAUUAUUUCCAAUGAAGAAACGAAAAUAUACCAACCUCAAUACUUCAAGUAAUACAAUCACGGCUUCCUCUGUUGCUCCAACAACAAACACUGACUCUGAAAGUAAGAAAGAAUAA